AUGCUUGUACUUGAUGCCAUGUCGACUUCGGUGCUCCACCGAUUGAUUUUGGUUCUCGAUGACGGAUCCAGGCAAACAUCGUUGGUGUGCAUUACCGGUGUCGCGGGAGUCGUUGCGUACAUCGGGGCUUUAUUUGCCUACGGGGUUAUCGAAAGACACGAAGGCGACUUCUUAGCCAACUGCGCGGUCGAAGGGCUCUUCGACUAUACAGGCUGGGGCGUUUGGACCUCGGUGGCUCUGGUGCGUGUGUACCGCAGCUGGAAAAUCCUCUGCCGCCACUCGGUUGACAUGUGGCCCGCCUGGGCGCAGGUUGCCCUCCUCUCCAUCCCCUGGCUGGUCCCCGUGGUGGCGUACUCCAUAAAGCCCAGCCUCUCCGAAUUCAAUGAACUCGGCAACUGGUGCGACAUCAAUGUCGCCAUCGACACCGCUCUGUAUGUCUACGGCGGCGUGCCCAUCAUCGGCGCCUUUUUCCUGUCUUUCCAGAUGAGGAGGGUCCGGAAGCAGAUGAACUUUUAUCGGAUGCAGGUCCUGCAGUUGCUGUUCCUCUUUGUCACUGGAACCAUCAUCUUCCCGCUUUUGGAAGAGUCGCUGCACAGCAACAUAAGAAGGACAUGGAUUAUGUACGACAACAUUGUGUCGUCAAUAAUCCUGUUCUGGCCGCCGAUCAUAGAGCCUCUAUACCGAAAACUCUCGGGCGACGAGGACUACCUCUACAGCUACACGAAGGGAUUUUCGCAGUUGCCAACUCCGGCGCAGAUGCGAUCGUGCUUGAAGGAUCAGCUUUCCCUCGAAGAACUUCGGUGCGAGUUCGAGAAGUUCGCUGACUCGAAGGUCGCGCGGGAGUUGCCCGACUUCUACAAGGCGUGUCUCGACCGGGAGGAUAUCUCCGACUUCUUCGAGAGGCAGGCGGUUACGACGGCCAUCAUCGACAGGUUCAUUAGGGUCGAUGCAGUGCAGGAGGUGAACAUCAGCGGAGCUCUUCGGAACAAGAUUCUAACCACAGAGAUCACCAGCUACAAUAUCUUCGACGAGGCCAUGUCUGCCGUCCUCAAGAUCAUGGAUACCAACUUCAGCUUCGAGUUCAAGAAGACAGAGGCGUUCAAGAACCUGGAGCAAGUGGUGAAGGAAGAAGCUGAGGAGCUCGAACUGCUGAGGAAGAUGAAUCAACUUCCGGAAGCGGAACACGUGGAGCCGGACUCCAAGGGCUUGUUGAAGUUCAUCCGGAGAGUCACCGACUCGGUUGGGACGGGGUCCUCCAAGGACGGAUCGGAGUCGAGAUGUUCGAUAACGCGGAGGUCAAGCCCGGCGACGCUAAGGUCGAUCCACCCCGAGACGAAGGAGUCGCUUGAGGAUGAGCUUGACGACGACUUCGAUGAUGAUCCUGGAAACUCGGACGGGGGUGGCGACGGACACCGGAGAGGCGCGGGAAGCCAACGAGACCCAAAACCAGUAGCAGAAGAAGACCGAAUCUUCUUUGCUCCGGGCGCGGUGACGGGGACGAAGGGUAUGCCGGCGGUGGGGAUCGAGGCAGAAGUGGGAGCGGGGACGGGGGAGGCGGUGGCAGGGUCGUCUGGCGUGGCCGCCCGCGUGCACGAGCCGACCAUAGCGCCCGCUUCACGGGCGGCUUCGACACUAGAUUGUUCCACACCAGCCUCGGCUCUCACCUCGAAGCGUACAAGGCCCAGCCCGAGCGUCGUAACGGGAACAUCGAUCCCCCUCACCGCUGUUCCUUCCUACUCUUCCAAUACUAUCUUUGCGGUCGGCAACCCGCGGGCCGUGUCGCCGCAGGUCUCAGCCUCCGCCUCGGCGACUAGACCAUUGCGGGGGUACGCCAGGCCCAGCGCCGCUUUAGGCAGUUGCAGUGGCGGCGGCGGGAGCCUCGCCGGUGGGACGGGGGCGGGGUUGUCGAUCUCCCACGUGUCUCUGGCUGAAACGUACCGUUCGUCGGAGGAUUCCGCAUCUGUGUCGUGGCGCUCGGACACAAUCUACACGCACGGCAGCAGCGAGUGCAGCAGCAGCGUCAGUGGCAGGGGGCCCGGCGGAAGCGGCCAGGGGAGCACCUCGGGUGUGGUCGUGCAACGGGCUGGCUACAACGGCGGGGGCGUGUAUUACCGGACCAGCAGUAACCUUAACGGGACGCGGCACGACUGCGGUGACGGGAGUGACGGCGGGUUCGAGACGCACCAAGUGGCCGUACCCGUCAGCAGGAACGGUGAUUUUCACGAAGAUAGCGCACCUGGGGAGAUGGCAUUGCCGAUGGUAGAGGUACCGCACCCCUCCAGCCAGUUUCCCCCCACCUCGUCCGCGUUCCUUUCUCCAAGACAAGAGGACGGGGUCACCGACGACGUCCGUGCCGGUGCUGAUGGUGAAGUCGGUGAAAGGUGGAUCAUGAAUGGCGCCGUCGUGUCCGCUCGUCGGCAAACAGAAGCGAGAGCGGCAGGCUUAGGAAGAGAGUUUUUUUGUGGUGACGAGCAGGUUUAG